AUGGACAGUACUUACGUGAUCCGGAAAGCACGGCGAGAUGAAGAGCCGCUGCUUUUUGACUUGUGGCAUGCUUCUGUCCGGGCAACGCACAGCUUCCUUUCCGAGGAGGCAUUGGCUGAGAUUGCCAUGGAGGUGAAGACGAAGUUUUUGCCAAAUGUUGAGCCAGAUGUCAUUGUUGACGCGACAGACCGGCCGAUGGGCUUCAUGGUCAUGACGGGAGACAGCAUCGAUGCACUGUUUGUUGAUGCGGGGCACCGCGGCCAGGGUUUAGGGACCUUGCUCAUGGAUGCUGCCAAGUCCGGACGGACGUCGUUGACCUUGGAGGUGAACGAACAGAACACUGCAGCAUGGGCCUUCUACCACCGGUGCGGUUUCACGGAUUCUGAUCGGAGGGCCCAAGACGAUGCUGGACGGCCCUUUCCGCUCAUCGUAAUGAAGUGGACAAGACAGCUGCCACUCGAGCCGUCCGGUUGA